AUGUCUGAGGAAGAGAAUAAGAAGAUCGAGGAGACAGCAGAACAGAUUAAUGAAUCUGUUGAAAAUACUGCUUCUUCAGGGUCUAAAGAGGACACGAAGGUUGAAGAGACUGAGAACACUGGUGAGAGCUCUGUGGGAGGUGUGAAGGAAGAGGAAACAACCGAGAAAAAGAGAGAGCACGAAGGGGGCGAGAAGAAGAGGAAGAAGAGAAGAACACAUUACGACGAUGAGCCUCCUAAGGAAGAGGCCAAAUCUGAGGAUGAGGAGGAAGACGACAAUGAUGCCGAUGGAGAUGCUGAGGCGUAUGAGGAGAAUGCCGAAGAAGAGGAAGAAGACUUGUUGGAGAUUGACGAGUCGAAUAUUAUCACUGGUGGUCGUAGAACAAGAGGUAAAGUGAUAGACUUCCAGAAGGCUGCCGAGGAGAACGACAUUCCUGAGGAUGAAGAGGACGAUGGAGAGUUCGAAAUCAAGGAAGAUGAGGAAGUCAAAGAUGGAGAAGCCAAAACUGAGGCUUGA